AUGGCUCCUUCACCUUUGAGAUCAAAGACCAAGAAACAUACUCGUUCUAGCAGUUUUCCCUCUAGGCCUCAACCUGUUGUCCCACAGUUUAAUGAACACCUGACUAUUCUAAGGGGUUCUGAAGUUGCUUCUUCAUCACUGACCAACAGGAUGAAUAGCAUUGGAAGCUUAUAUGACUGUAUUGAUGAUCUGCUUCAGUUACCAUAUGUUCAACACGCAAUGUCACAGGAAUGCCAAGAAAAAUGGGUUGAUAAUUUGUUGGAUGUGUAUCUCAGGAUUUUGAAUGCCUGUGCUACCACAAAAGAUAUCUUAGUAAGUGAAAAGCAGAAUCUACAAAACCUUCUUUCAGCUAUUCGCAGAAGAAGGGACACAGAUGACAUCUCUGGCUACCUGACCAGCACAAGGAAGGCAGAGAAAAUUAUCCACAAGUCCUUAAAAGCCUUGAGCAGCAUAAAAAACAAGGAAAACGUUGUGAUUUUGGAGAACCAUGAAACAGUGGCUGUCAUUAACAUGCAGAAGCAGGUUGAAUCAGUCACUCUAGCCAUGUUUGAGUCUUUCCUGUCUAAUUUCUUGGCAAUAAAUACUCAAUAA